AUGUCUCAAGAGAUCCGCGUCGAAGACACCGACACUGAACUCAAUGUCGAUGGAAAUGGUGUGAAACGCAAAGACCAGACCGAAGACAAGGGAAGCGAUGGCCGAGAGAGCGGUGGAGACGACGGGUCAGAGGCGGUGCCGCCGGUGGAGGAGUCAGCGGCCAAACGGCGGAAGACACUGCCCUUCGAGGACGUGUACGUGAAGAACCUGUGCUCGAGUGAGUCGUACGAGCGGUCGUUUAUGCACAGGGAUGUAGUGAGUCAUGUGUUGGUCACCGUCACUGACUUCGUGAUCACCGCCAGUAUUGACGGUCACAUCAAGUUCUGGAAGAAGCUGUCGGUCGGCAUCGAGUUUGUCAAACACUUUCGCACACAUUUGGGACCAAUCAAUGACUUGUGUGUCAACUCGACGGGCGUUCUGUUGGCCUCCGUGUCCAACGACAAGACGAUGAAAGUGUUUGAUGUAAUCAACUUCGAUAUGAUUAAUAUGAUUCGUAUGGACUAUAGACCGCAUUCCGCCCAAUGGUGUCAUUCGGCCGGAGAUCCCAUUCCGGCGAUCGCUGUGUCGGACGCCGAGAGCCAUAAAAUCUAUACAUACGACGCGACGGCCACCGACACAGUCCUCCACGUCUUCGAGCGCUUGCAUUCAAGUCCUGUGAUUUGUAUGAAAUAUAAUCACAUCUUUUCCACAAUGAUUUCGGUGGACACCAAAGGAAUGCUUGACUAUUGGAUGUCUCAUAGGAAUGAUUAUAAGUUUCCCGAAAAUAUAGUGGAUUUUAAUUCAAAACUGGACACAGAUUUGUACGAAUUCGCCAAAAAUAAGACAAUACCUCACGAUAUCUGUUACUCAAACGACGGCAAACUCUUCGCCUCGAUUUGCGCCGACCGUAAGGUCAGGGUAUUUAAGUUCCUGACGGGUAAACUGGUCCGCGUGUUCGACGAGAGUCUCCAACAGUUGACACAAUUACAACAGACGACACCACAGCUGCCAAACAUGGAGUUCGGCCGACGAAUGGCAAUGGAAAGGGAUCUCGAAAAGUCGGACGCUUUCCGAUUCGAGCGAAUCAUUUUCGACGAAAGCAGUUAUUUCGUGAUAUAUCCCACUCUUCUGGGCAUUAAGAUUGUCAACUGGUAUACCAAUAGAUGUGUCAAAAUGUUGGCAAAGGGCGAGAACUUUCGGGCUCUCAGUCUAUGCCUUCAUCAGACAAUUCCCAAUACAACGAAAGCGUCGAUUAGUGUGGAGAUGAAGGCCAGCGAAAACCCCGGUCUGGAGGCCUCACAUCCGGACCCAACACUUCUGUGUACGGCAUUCAAGAAGAAUCGCUUCUAUUUGUUCACUAAACGAGAACCGGAAGAAGCGAACGGCGAGAACGCGACCGGAGCUGAACGGGACGUAUUCAACGAGAAGCCCUCUCGUGAGGACAUCAUCGCUGCCAUCGAAACGCCGGCCCAACAGAAGAUUUGGGACAACUGUAUAAUACACACAACAAUGGGUGACAUUCACUGCAAACUAUUUGGCAAAGAAUGUCCCAAAAGUGUGGAAAACUUUUGCAUUCACUCGAAGAAUGGCUACUAUAACGGACACAUCUUUCAUCGGGUGAUCAAACAGUUUAUGAUCCAAACGGGAGACCCGGACGGCAUCGGCACCGGCGGCACAUCCAUAUGGGACGGAGAGUUUGAGGAUGAGUUUCAUCCGGACUUAAAGCACGACAAACCCUAUACGCUAAGUAUGGCGAACGCCGGACCCAACACUAACGGCUCGCAGUUCUUCAUAACAGUAGUUCCCGCCAAUUGGUUGGACAACAAACACACGGUCUUUGGCCGCGUAAUUAAGGGCAUGGAAUCGGUUCAGAACAUCAGUAACGCUAAGACUCAUCCAAAAACAGACAAACCAUACGAUGACAUAAGAAUCAUAAACAUAAGUCUUAAAUGA